AUGCCUUCCAAUAUCGACGAUCUUGAGCUUGACGAGCCUCCAUCCGUCGAACCCUACGAGGUCCUCGGUGUCGAAAAGACAGCAACCCCCGACCAAAUCAAGACGGCCUACAGAAAAGCCGCCCUCAAAUGGCAUCCUGACAAAGUAAACCCCUCGGAAAAAGACAUCGCACACACCAAAUUCCAAGAAAUCGCCCUCGCCUACGCAGUCCUCAGUGACCAACGCCGCCGCACCCGCUACGACAACACAGGCCGCACAGACGACUCCCUCGACCUCGACGACGAAAUCUUCAACUGGAGUGACUUUUACCGCGCUCAGUUCGCCAAUGCCGUCACCGAAGACACCAUAACCACCUUUACCACCGACUACAAAGGCAGUGACGAGGAAAAAGACGCUUUACUCUCCGCAUACACCAAGUACAAGGGCGAUAUGAACAAAGUCUAUCAACAAAUCAUCGUGUCAAAUCCUGCUAUUGAUGAAGAUCGCUUCCGUGGCAUUAUCGGGGAAGCGAUUGAAAUGGGCAAAGUGGAGGCAUAUGACAAGUUUACAAAAGAGUCGCAAAAGAGCAUUAAUCGGAGGAUUGAAAAGGCGAGGGAAGAGGAAGAGGAAGCAGAGGAACAUGGGCAAAUUACUGCUCAAAAGACAAAAGCAAAGAACAAGUCCAAAUCAGGAGAAGGGGAUUUGUCCUCUUUGGCUGCCAUGAUUCAACAGCGGAAUAAAGGCAAAAGUGAAGAUUUCUUGGAUAAUCUGGCGCAAAAGUAUGGGGCAAAGACAAAGGGCAAGGGAAAGAAGAGGGUGCAAGAGCCAGAAGAGCCGCCGGAGGAAGCAUUCGAAAGGACGGCGAAGAGAAAGAGUAAGAAAUCCAAGGCUUAG